UACAGGGAAAUCUCUCCACCUUCAACACAUAGCAGUGUAAGCGCAAAUGAGGCGCGUUCUAUUCCAAGUACUCCAGCUGAAGAGGUCCCAGUGAGAGUGAACAGUGCUCGCAAUAACAGAAGAGAAUCUGCUGCCAAUAGGGGCUCUUCCGAAAACAUGGAUUCGAAACCGGCUGAAGAGCAAAACAAACAAAUAUCCAAUAGCGUGAAAAGAAGCGGAAAGAAGCGAGCUCGUGGUAGCAUCAACGAAAACUCAACAGCUAAUGGGCCGUUGAAGAAACAACCACUCCUCAGAAGAUGGCUCACUCCCAUCAACGACCAUGAUUUGCACUGA